AGCAGUGAGUGUCCGCCAUCAUUGGAGAGCAGCAGAGCCGAGGCGCUUGUCAACAAGUCCCGAACUCCUGGGAUCGUCCACUGUUAAAGCAGGUCAAGUGGAGGCUGAUCAGCAGCUCCACGGACUUACUCCUCUACCCCCUUUACCAGGACUAGACUUUCAUGUGAACGCGGAGGGAGAAGAACACCGGGGAGGCAGGCAAACAUGUCAAAUCUCAGCAAAGGCGGCACCAAAAAGGACACCAAGAUGAGGAUACGAGCCUUUCCUAUGACGAUGGACGAGAAGUACGUCAACAACAUCUGGGACCUCCUCAAGAACGCCAUCCAGGAGAUCCAGCGGAAGAACAACAGUGGCCUGAGCUUCGAGGAGCUGUACAGGAAUGCUUACACCAUGGUGCUGCACAAACACGGCGAGAAGCUGUACACAGGCCUGCGGGAGGUCGUCACUGAGCACCUCAUCAACAAAGUGCGGGAUGAUGUACUAAACUCCCUGAACAACAACUUCCUUCAAACUUUGAACCAAGCCUGGAACGACCACCAGACAGCUAUGGUGAUGAUCCGAGAUAUCUUGAUGUACAUGGACCGAGUGUAUGUGCAGCAGAACAACGUGGAAAAUGUCUAUAAUUUAGGUCUCAUCAUUUUCCGGGACCAGGUGGUCCGUUACGGCUGCAUUCGGGACCACCUCAGACAAACGCUACUAGAUAUGAUUGCCCGGGAGAGGAAGGGAGAGGUGGUGGACAGGGGGGCCAUACGUAACGCUUGCCAGAUGUUAAUGAUCUUAGGCCUCGAAGGCCGGUCAGUUUAUGAAGAGGACUUUGAGGCUCCAUUCUUAGAAAUGUCUGCAGAGUUCUUCCAGAUGGAGAGUCAGAAGUUUCUGGCAGAGAACAGCGCAAGUGUGUACAUAAAGAAAGUCGAGGCGCGGAUAAACGAAGAGAUCGAGCGAGUGAUGCACUGUCUGGAUAAAUCAACGGAAGAGCCCAUCGUAAAGGUGGUGGAACGGGAACUCAUCUCCAAGCACAUGAAGACCAUCGUUGAAAUGGAGAACUCGGGCCUUGUCCACAUGCUCAAGAACGGAAAGACAGAAGACCUGGCGUGUAUGUAUAAGCUGUUCAGCAGGGUGCCAAAUGGUCUGAAGACUAUGUGUGAGUGCAUGAGCUGCUACCUGCGGGAGCAGGGCAAGGCUCUGGUGUCUGAGGAGGGAGAGGGCAAGAAUCCUGUGGACUACAUCCAGGGCUUACUGGACCUGAAGUCUCGCUUCGACCGCUUCCUGCAAGAGUCCUUCAACAAUGAUCGCCUGUUCAAGCAGACCAUAGCUGGUGACUUUGAAUACUUCCUCAACCUGAACCCCCGCUCGCCCGAGUACCUCUCGCUCUUCAUCGAUGACAAGCUGAAGAAGGGCGUGAAAGGAUUGACAGAACAAGAAGUGGAGUCCAUCCUGGAUAAAGCCAUGGUGUUGUUCAGGUUCAUGCAAGAGAAGGAUGUGUUUGAGCGCUAUUACAAACAGCACCUGGCCAGAAGGCUUCUCACCAACAAGAGCGUCUCUGACGACUCUGAGAAGAACAUGAUCUCAAAGCUGAAGACGGAGUGCGGCUGUCAGUUCACGUCCAAAUUGGAAGGCAUGUUCAGGGACAUGAGCAUCUCAAACACAACCAUGGAUGAGUUCCGCCAGCAUCUACAGUCAACGGGGGUCUCCUUGGGUGGUGUUGACCUCACCGUUAGGGUGCUGACGACAGGUUACUGGCCCACUCAGUCGGCCACGCCCAAGUGUAAUAUUCCUCCAUCACCACGACACGCAUUCGAGGUGUUUAGAAGGUUUUAUUUGGCCAAGCACAGCGGCAGGCAGCUCACACUGCAGCACCACAUGGGCUCUGCAGACCUCAAUGCCACUUUCUACGGGCCAAUCAAAAAGGAGGAUGGCUCUGACGUGGGUGUAGGUGGCGCCCAGGUGACCGGCUCCAACACCAGAAAGCAUAUUCUGCAGGUGUCCACUUUCCAGAUGACCAUCUUGAUGCUCUUCAACAACAGAGAAAAGUCGACGUUUGAGGAGAUCCAGCAGGAGACGGACAUCCCGGAGCGAGAGCUGGUGCGGGCACUGCAGUCUCUUGCGUGUGGGAAACCCACCCAACGCGUCCUCACUAAGGAGCCCAAAUCAAAGGAGAUAGAGAACGGCCACGUAUUCACUGUCAAUGACCAGUUCACCUCCAAACUGCACAGAGUAAAGAUUCAAACAGUUGCUGCUAAGCAGGGCGAAUCGGACCCUGAGAGGAAAGAGACACGGCAGAAAGUUGAUGACGACAGGAAGCAUGAGAUCGAAGCAGCAAUCGUCCGCAUCAUGAAGUCCAGAAAGAAGAUGCAGCACAAUGUGCUAGUAGCAGAGGUCACUCAGCAGUUGCGGGCACGGUUCCUCCCAAGUCCAGUGGUCAUUAAAAAGCGCAUUGAAGGACUUAUUGAGAGGGAAUACUUGGCAAGAACGCCAGAAGACCGCAAAGUGUACACUUACGUAGCAUAAACGUGGCGUGAAUUUCAAACGAAAACCUGGUGUGGAGUGAAAGAGAGAGUGAAAGUGAGUGAGAGAGAGAGAGAGAGAGAGAGAGCAAGCAUUAUUUUUGGGACUUGGUCAUGCGCAUGAAGUGGGAGGUUGUUUUUUUGUUUGUUUUUUUUUUUUUUUCCAUCGUUACUGGGGAAAACUGCGAAGUUAACCUUUAACCUUCCGUGUGGACUCGUUUUAAAUAGCUCUUAGCGAUUCACACAAAAGCCUUCCAAAGCCCCCCAUGGAGCUGGAUGAAAUUCGGCUCCGGGCUGGUAGACGAGGUGUCUGUCUCUGUGAGAGAACUGUGAUGAGAGUCGCGCGGAAGCCUAUAAACCUGACCUAGACAUCCAACAGAAGUGCCCAAAUAAAAGUGAUGCGUUCCAGCGUGGGACGGCUCCCGAAGACCUUUCAGCUCACAGUGAAAUGCGCGCACCUUCCCAGAUUUCUUUUUUUUUUUGUUUUUGUUUAAGCUUUUUUUUUUUUUUCCCCUCUCCAUGUCAGUGUAAACGUGUUCGUAGUCUGUCGCACCAUUUCGGUUGUACAGGUUGUUUAACACUAUCAGCUGCCUGCAGAGGAUUUUAAAACGGAGGUGGGUGUUGUUGGGUAUCAAAGAGCCAUAGUUGCUUUCAGAGCAUGCCUUUUUGAAGAGGGGUGGAAUAACUUUUUCAAGGUUUAUUAAAGAAGUUGGUUGGAUGUCUCUUUUAGUUGUUUUUUUUUUUUUUUUUUUUUUUUUUUGUCCCAAGAUUUGGCAUGGCCAAAUGUAAAAUUUAAAUAUUAGCUUUUUUUGUAGGGGGUCCUUCCAAUGCAGUUCUUUAAGAUGGUUUUUUUUUUUUUUUCCUUUUUUUUCUUCUAGCAAAAGAAGGAACUUCUGGAGAACCAUGUCUCAAUGUGUAAAAAUUGUAAAAUAAUUGUUAUUGUACUCACUGAAGUGGACUGUACAGGGCCUUGUUUUCAUCAAUAUUAAAUGUAGAAAAAGGAGGAAAAAAAAUAAAUGGAUUUGCUGCUUUGA